AUGACUGAGAAAAUGCAGGUUGAUCCAAAACCUAUUGAUGAAGGUCUCUACUCUCGUCAGCUUUACGUUUUAGGUAAAGAGGCCAUGCAGAAGAUGGCCAAAUCCAAAGUGUUGAUCAUUGGCUUGAAAGGUCUCGGUAUAGAGAUUGCUAAAAAUGUUGCUCUUGCCGGUGUCAAAUCCUUGGAUAUAUAUGAUCCUACUAUCGUCACCCUACCGGAUCUUUCGUCUCAAUUUUUCCUACGCCAGGACGAUAUAGGUAAGUCACGUGCUGAGGCAUCGCUACCUCGUUUGGCUGAACUCAACAGCUAUGUUCCGAUCAGCAUCAUCAAUGAGCUAACGGAGAACUCUAUUGCUCAGUAUCAGGUUAUCGUUGCCACCGAGACCCCAUUGGCCCGUCAAUUGGAGAUCAAUGAGAUAACGCAUGCCAAGGGAAUUAGGUUUAUUGCUGCUGAUGUUCGAGGUUUGUUUGGUCAGGCCUUUGUCGACUUUGGAGACUCCUUUGUUGUCUUUGAUAAGGAUGGUGAGGAGCCUAAAACUGGUCUUAUUUCUGAUAUUGAGACUGAUGGCACAGUUACCACUUUAGAGGCCACUCGUCAUAACUUGGAGGACGGUGAUUACGUCAAUUUCUCUGAGAUUCAGGGCAUUUCCAAGCUUACCGAUGGUUCUGUCUUUAAGGUUCGUGUGUUGGGUCCCUACGCCUUUAAAAUUGAGGGUUUCGAUAAAUCAUGGGGCACCUACAUUCGUGGUGGUGUCUUUGCUCAGGUUAAAGUACCAUUCUCCAUUAAAUUCGGAAAGUUAGUUGAUCAAUUGGUACAUCCAGAAUUUGUUCAGUCCGAUUUUGCCAAAUUCGACAGAAACGAGCAAAUUCACCUUGGUUUCCGUGCUCUUCAUCUUUUCCAGGGAUCACACAGCGGCGAGUUGCCCCGGGCACAUAAUGAGGAGGAUGCUGAAGAAUUGGUUAAUAUCACAGAGAAGCUUGCACAGUCUAAUGUCGAUCUUCUGAAAGGUACAUCCCUUGACACUGAUUUAAUCAAGGAACUUUCGUAUGGCUCUCGUGGCGAUCUUCCUGCUAUGAAUGCGUUUUAUGGUGGCUUGAUUGCCCAAGAAGUUCUUAAAGCAUGCUCAGGCAAAUUUGGACCUUUGAAACAAUGGUUAUACUUUGACUCGUUGGAAUCUUUACCGGAAUCUAAAGAAUACCAGAGAACUCAAGAGACUUGUAAGCCAAUCAACAGCCGUUACGAUAACCAGAUAGCUGUAUUUGGUGUAACAUUCAUGAAGAGAGUGGCCAACUUGAAGAUAUUUUUGGUUGGCUCUGGUGCCAUUGGUUGUGAGAUGUUGAAGAAUUGGGCUCUUAUGGGAUUGGGAUCUGGCCCUGAAGGUAAAAUCUUUAUUACAGAUAACGAUUCUAUUGAGAAGUCUAACUUGAAUCGUCAAUUUUUAUUCAGAAACUAUGAUGUUGGUAAGGGUAAAUCCGAGAUGGCAGCAAAGGCUGUGUCCGUGAUGAACCCAGAUCUGGCAGGUCAUAUUGAUACUAGAAUAGAUAAGGUGUGUCCGGAGACUGAGAGCAUUUUCAACGACAAGUUUUGGGAAAAUUUGGACUUUGUCACGAAUGCCUUGGAUAAUGUUGAGGCCAGAUCCUAUGUUGAUCGUCGUUGUGUCUUUUUCAAGAAGCCUUUACUCGAGUCCGGUACCUUAGGUACAAAGGGUAAUACUCAGGUAAUCAUUCCAAUGCUUACCGAGUCCUAUACUUCGUCUCGUGAUCCUCCAGAGAAGUCUAUUCCUCUCUGUACUUUGCGUUCUUUCCCAAACAAGAUUGACCACACAAUUGCCUGGGCAAAGUCUCUGUUUGAAGGCUACUUCCACGAGGCUCCGGAAAAUGUUAACCAGUAUCUUACUCAACCCAACUUUGUUCAGUCAGUGUUGAAACAGAGUGGAGACGUCAAAGGCGUGCUUGAGACCAUUGAUAACUAUCUCUCUAGGGAAAGGCCCUAUACUUUUGACGACUGCAUUCGAUGGUCACGUGAACAGUUCGAGCAGAAGUAUUCCUAUGACAUCAAGCAAUUGCUUUACAACUUUCCGAAGGAUGCGGUCAAUUCCAAAGGUGAACCUUUUUGGUCCCCUCCCAAAAGGGCUCCUACGCCAUUGGAAUUUGAUAUCGACAACCAAGACCACUUCCACUUUGUUGUUGGUGGGGCCAAUCUACUUGCCUUCGUGUAUGGUUUGAAGGGUGACGAAGGAUCUGCUGAUAAAGCCCGAUACUCUCAAGUUAUUAGUAAGAUGCAGAUUACUCCAUUCACUCCAAAAACAAACUUGACCAUUCAGGUGGACGAGAACGAACCAGAUCCUGCAGCUUCAAUAGCCCACGAUCAGAGUGAACUUGAGAAAUUGUCUUCCAGCUUGCCUACACCAUCUUCUCUUGCCGGCUAUCGAUUGAACUCUGUUGAAUUUGAGAAGGAUGACGAUACUAAUCACCAUAUCGAGUUUAUCACUUCUGCAUCGAACUGUAGAGCUCUAAACUAUGACAUUGAACCUGCUGAUAGAAGCAAGACAAAGUUUAUUGCAGGUCGAAUCAUCCCUGCCAUUGCUACCACCACAGCAUUGGUUACAGGAUUGGUUUGUUUGGAACUAUACAAGGUUGUCGAUGGCAAAAUGGAUUUGGAAAAGUACAAAAAUGGAUUUAUUAACUUAGCACUCCCAUUUUUUGGCUUCAGUGAACCAGUAGCUUCUCCAAAGGGGAAGUUCAACAACAAGGAGUUUGAUAGGAUCUGGUACAGAUUCGAUGUGUAUGGUAAUAUGACUUUGGAGCAGCUUUUGAAGACCUUCGAAGAAAAGGAAGGCUUGACUAUCACUAUGAUUGCAUACGAUGUGUCUUUAUUGUAUGCCUCGUUCCAUCCCCCUAAGAAAGUCAAAGAAAGACUACCGAUGGCUAUCACUCAAUUAAUUGAAACUGUCAGUAAGAAGUCUGUUCCGAGUGAUAAAAAGAAUCUUGUGUUAGAGAUCUGUUGUGAGGAUAAGAACGAAGAAGAUGUUGAGGUUCCAUUUGUUUGCGUUCAUUUGGGAAAUUGA